CAGGGCCUUCUGGCAGGCAUGUGGCAGCAGAUCUUACAGAGUGUCCGGUCGUACGACUUACCUCAGAGAAAUGUGAUUGCAGCUUCCUGUGUGCUAGGAGGUGGCGGCCUCUUGGUUUAUUGGCUUCUAUCAAGGCACAGGAUGAAGACCCUGGAAAUGGGAGAUGGAUGGUGGGGUUCAGGUGUGAGGUCACCGAAAGACAAAGAAGAUGAAGGAAUUAGACCCUUUCAAGUGAAAACAUCUGAGAAGGAAAUUCAGGAUUUGUACCAGCGUCUUGACCAGGCCCGUUAUACCCCACCACUGGAGGGUUCUGCUUUCAACUAUGGCUUCAACUCCAACUACCUUCAGAGGGUGAUCUCCUAUUGGAGGAACCAGUUUGACUGGCAGAAGCAAGUUAAAAUCCUCAACCAAUAUCCACAUUAUAAAACAACCAUUGAAGGAAUUGAAGUUCAUUUUAUCCAUGUUAAACCAUCACGUAAUCUGAGAGGCCUGACAGCCAAGCCUUUGCUGAUGGUGCACGGCUGGCCUGGCUCCUUCUACGAGUUCUAUAAGAUCAUCCCACUGCUUACUGACCCUGCUAGUCACAGACUGAGUGACGAAGAUAUAGUAUUUGAGGUCAUCUGUCCAUCCAUUCCAGGCUAUGGCUUCUCUGAGGCCCCCCACCAGCAGGGCUUUGACACGAGAGCUUGUGCUCGGAUCUUCCACAAACUGAUGCAGAGAUUGGGCUUCCAGGAGUAUUAUGUACAAGGGGGAGACUGGGGUUCGGCCAUCACCACAAACAUGGCCCAGAUGCUGCCAAAGUCUGUAAAGGGGCUUCACCUGAACAUGGUCUUCCUGCAAAGAAUUGGUUGUAGCAGCUUGAUGUCUUUACUGCUAGGAGCCUAUGUGCCGUGGUUGGUGGGCCUCACCAGAGAAGACUCACGCCGUUUGUUCCCAUACUUUAAGAAACAUGUAUAUGACCUCUUGAGGGAGACUGGCUACCUGCACAUUCAGGCCACCAAGCCAGACACAGUAGGAUGUGGAUUGAAUAAUUCUCCUGUGGGCCUUGCUGCAUACAUUCUAGAGAAGUUCUCCACCUGGACAGAUAAAUCAUUCCGGAACUUGGACAAUGGAGGUCUGGAAAGGAAAUACUCUCUGGAUGAACUUUUAACCAGCGUCAUGAUUUAUUGGGUGUCUUCCUCCAUUGUGUCAUCAAUGCGCUUUUACAAGGAGAACCUUUCUCAGAACCCUGCCAGUUCUCCUGAUGCCAGGAUUGGUGUUUAUGUUCCCACUGGUCUUGCUGCCUUCCCUGAAGAACUUGUCCAUGCCCCUCGGUCCUGGGCAAAGAAGAAGUUUAAGAACAUUGUCACCUAUUCCUACAUGCCCCGUGGUGGGCACUUUGCCGCCUUUGAGGAACCGGAGCUUUUGGCUCAGGACAUCAGGCAGUUUAUAAGGAAGGUGGAGCAUCUGUGAA